AUGAUCAUCAAGCUCUUAGCUGGGGCCCACGAAACAGCUUCACGCGGCCUGGGUGGUGCAGUGCAAAAUGAGAUAUACAAUAUGGGGCUGGACGGGUCGAUCCGCCAGUUAGGGUACAAACCCAUCCAAGGUGUGUUUUCUAGAAAGGAGGCCGACGAAGCGUAUGGUCCUGCGCAACCUGUUCCAGGUCGCAAUCUAAAAUGGCCGACCGUUGUGGUCGAAGUGGGAGUAUCAGAGUCAUCGAAAGCUGCGGGCAGAUGCAGAAUGGUGGCUCACGAACUCGAGGGGCGAUAUGAAGCUUGUAAUUAUCGUGUCCAUCAGUCGAAAGACCCCCAACAUCAAGUUCGAGACUGUUGCUUUGGACCCGACCGUCAACUUCUUGCGGCUGCGCUACGUCCCAAUGACACGGCAGACCAUUACGGCAUCCCGCGACGCACACAAACCCAACUCACAGAUUACCAUCAGGCCAGCAGUACCUUUGACCAUUGGGUUUGA